GAAUGCUGAAACACAAAGGUACAUAUGAAAUUAUCUCUCCUGAAGAUAUAGGACUUGAACGAUCCAAUGAAGCUGGUAUUGUCCUUGGAAAGCUUAGUGGACGCCAUGCUUUAAAGGACCGGCUGAAAGAGCUUGGUUAUGAACUCAAUGAUCAGCAGCUUGGGAAUAUAUUCUGGCGUUUCAAAGCUGUAGCUGAACAAAAAAAGAGAGUUACUGAUGCAGACUUAAUAGCAUUAGUAUCAGAUGAAGUUUUUCAGCCAGAAGUUGUGUGGAAGCUUCUUGAUCUGCAGGUUACUUGUGGAACCCUUGGUCUUUCUACAGCAACUGUUAAGCUCAUUGGCGCUGAUGGGAAAGAGCAUGUUGCUUGUUCUGUGGGAACUGGGCCUGUUGAUAGCGCUUACAAGGCUGUUGAUCUCAUCGUAAAGGAACCAGUGACUCUUCUUGAGUAUUCAAUGAUUGCAGUUACUGAAGGCAUUGAUGCAAUAGCCACCACUCGUGUUCUAAUUCGUGGAGACAAUAAUCCCACAUCAUCAACUAAUGCUCUAACUGGUGAAACAGUUCAGCGAACAUUCAGUGGAACAGGAGCAGGAAUGGAUGUUGUUGUCUCUAGUGUCAAGGCAUAUGUUGCUGCUGUGAACAAGAUGUUAGGUUUUCAAGAUCAGUUGCCAUCCAACGUUUCUGAAGAAAGAACUCCCGUGACUGCUUGAAAAGUGCGGAACUCCACCUGAUGUGCAGCAAAAUUUACAAAUUAGGAUCAAAUCUCCUUGUUGCAGAAGCAUAGAGCGAAGCUCCCUUGCGCUUGCUUAUUAUCACACCCACAGAGCUAAAGGUGCUGCAUCAAUCUGCUUCCUUGUACAAAUUUUUUAAGAAAUAAUUUUGUUCAUAAGCCUGAACAUCGGUAGUGAGUUUGGUUUACUUAAACUUUAGUUUAAUCUGUGUAUCAUUUCUGAAAAACUCAAAACAUUUUCUAGAUUAGUAUACAAUGUGUUUGCUCUUUAAGUUCAAGGGGGUAAAUUGAUAUUUUAGAUA